UCAAUCGAUCCCACUCGACCCAUCCGCAUCACUACCACCACCACACCCAGCACACCCCUACACAUCUCAUUAAGAUGCAGAUUUUUGUGAAAACGCUGACCGGCAAAACUAUUACGUUGGAGGUUGAGUCCUCGGACACCAUCGACAACGUCAAGGCGAAAAUCCAAGACAAAGAGGGCAUUCCUCCCGACCAGCAGCGACUGAUUUUCGCUGGUAAGCAGCUCGAGGAUGGCCGUACUCUGGCCGACUACAACAUCCAGAAAGAGUCCACUCUUCACCUCGUCCUUCGUCUACGAGGUGGUAUGCAAAUUUUUGUCAAAACUCUGACCGGCAAAACCAUAACUUUGGAGGUCGAAUCGAGCGACACGAUCGACAACGUCAAGGCAAAGAUCCAAGACAAGGAAGGCAUUCCCCCUGACCAGCAGCGCCUCAUCUUUGCGGGCAAGCAGCUCGAGGACGGCAGGACCCUCGCCGACUACAACAUCCAGAAGGAGUCGACGCUCCACCUCGUCCUCCGUCUUCGCGGAGGGAUGCAAAUUUUUGUAAAAACGCUGACCGGCAAAACCAUUACUUUGGAGGUAGAGAGCAGCGAUACGAUCGACAACGUCAAGGCGAAGAUUCAGGACAAGGAAGGAAUUCCCCCUGACCAGCAGCGCCUCAUCUUCGCCGGCAAGCAGCUCGAAGACGGUCGCACGCUCGCCGAUUACAACAUCCAGAAGGAGAGCACGCUCCACUUGGUCCUCCGUCUGCGUGGUGGUCAGUGAGAGGGAAGG